UGUAGAGGACAUGAGGAAAUGGGUCAGAGAAGAUGAUAUAUUUAUCGUCGACAGGGGUUUCCGGGAUGCAGAAGCUUUGCUAGAUGACAUGGGGAUACAUGUUGAAAUGCCAUCUUUCCUUACUUCUCAUUCAAAGCAACACACCACAGAAGAAGCCAAUGCAACCAGAUUUGUGACCAAGCUCAGGUGGGUUGUUGAGUCAGUAAAUGGCAGGCUAAAGACAUGGAAUUACUUGAGCAGGACUAUCCCAAAUACUCAAAUACCUCACAUUGGAGAUUAUGUCCGCAUAGUGAGUGCAAUCUGCAACAAGUUUAGACCAGACUUGAGCACUGGAAUGGAGGAGGAAGAUGUUGCGAUGGCUGCUAAAAUGCGAUUUCUUGCAAAUGGCGUGAAUGAGUUAAAGGAUUAUGUUGAGACGAGAGGUUUAGAGAAGCGGAACAUGAAAUGGAAGAGGAUCGACUCCCAUGAUGUGGUCUUUCCUCGUUUGACAGAGGAGGAAAUACGCCAGUUGACCUUUGGUGUUUACCAAAUCAGAUUGGCAAAGUCAUACACACACGAGCAUUUGAUGGAAGGAAAGUAUGAAAUUUUCAUCAGUAAUGAUUGUGCUGGUAUCCUCUGUGCAAAGAUUCAAAGUAGACACAUUUCAGCUAAGAAAUACUUACUUUGGAUUAGAUAUGAUGACGUCAGUAUCAAAUCCUGGUUUUGCAAAUGUAAAGUUGGCGCAAGAGUUGUGGGCAUGUGUGCUCACGUUACCAGUGUGAUUUGGUUCUUGGCUCUUGCUCGUCAUGAGGGGAGUGGUGUCUGUGGUGUGCGUGAUCGGUGUAGUUUGGUUGAGGAUGCUGCUGCACUCCCAAUUGAUGAAUCAGAGAGUGAGGAUGAAGAAAGAUGUUUCAUAACAGAAGAGGAGUGAAAGUGAAUCUCAGACUCAUCAUUCAACAUUGCAUAAUAAAUCAAAACUUUUAAGAAUUAUUGUUAGUAUCAUACUCUCCAUAUGCAAUUUCUAGUAUUACGAUAUGAAGGAUCAGCCUCUCUGUUCUGUUUAUGAUUUUUUAUCUAAAAAUGUAUUAUUCUGUUAUUGAAAAGUUUUAUUUAA